UGCUAAAUUUCCCGGUGCCUUAAGAUAAUGUGGAAAUAAAUGAGCAACAUUGCAUUGAAAAGUCUCUUUUGAUAACUCUCUACCCCUAUGGCCUGACCGGCCCCGACCUUCCACCUUUGCAGCGUAGCACAAAGAGCAGUCAAUUAGUUGUUGACACGAUUCAUUUGUAAAUACGAGUAACUGUCAAAGCAGAGAAGAAGCAGUCAGAGAAGAAAUUUUAGGACUGCCCAAGUGCACGCCACGCUGCGACCUCGGCUGCCAAAGCUUACAGCCAUGGUCAUGUGACACCUUGGUUUUACCAAGAUCUAAAGCUGCAAUUUUAAUUAUAUUAGAAUUUUGCUCUUGUCAUAUUAAUUUGAUUUCAGGAUGUUUUCUAGGUAGUUGUUUCAAAUUUGUUCUUUGACAGACAAAACUGGGAUGAAGUGUAUCUAUAUAACUUCUUAUAUAACCGAGUUAUAAAUUUUAUACUGUUUUCAUUUACCGUGCUAUCAAGGACUUCCGGUCCUGAGCAUUGGGCGAAGCCAAGGGCACUUCUUGGUCAAAGUUGAAGUGGAGGACCCCUGGUCGCUUUAAAUUGUAGUUUUCAAUUAUUGUCUGUAAUCUUAAAAUUGAUAAGAAUAUAUCUGAAUCACACCGGAGACACGUCCUUAAAACGAAAGCCAUCGAUGGCGCAACCUGAGCAGUCUCCUCCGACUCCCCGACGGAAGCGGACCUCUCAGCAUUUCCCUGCAACAAUGAGGAUCCCCACAGCCAUAGUGCCCCUGGCCGUGCUGUGCGCCCUGGCCGCCACCGUGCAGGCCAAGUCGGCGACCCACUUGAAGGACGCGGCGGACGACUACUGCGCCAGCUGCGUGGACGGCGACGCCCCGCGUUAUCAGCCAGUCCGUGGAGCCGACGAAGUGAGAAUUUGCGAAGAUGGCUACUACUGCGACUGCCAGGCCGGGCGAAAGUUGAAGUGCGCCACCGUGUUUUGGGUGCACGGCAAUUUUGAUCCUGACCGUCCAGACAGCGCGUGCAGUAUCACUCACAGCUGCCUGAAAUGGUUUGAAGACCACCCGCUGCCAACUCCAGCCAGCCCAACUACAUCUCCGGCCAGCUCGUCCCCCUCUCCAGCCAGUUCGUCGGUUUCUCCAUCAAGUUCAUCUCCUUCCCCAGCCAGCUCAUCCAUUUCUCCACCUAGUACAUCUCCUUCCCCAGCCAGUUCGUCCCUUUCUCCAUCAAGCACAUCCUCUCCAGUCAGUUCGUCCCUUUCUCCAUCUAGUAAUUCUCCUGCUACAGCCAGUUCCUCCGCACAUCCAUCGAGCACUUUCUCUCCAGCCAGUUCGUCCCUUUCUCCAUCUAGUAAAUCCCCUUCUCCGAUCAGUUCGUCUCUUUCUCCAUCUAGUUCCUCUCCUUCUCCAGCCAGUUCCUCCGUUUCUCCACUUAGUACAUCUCCUUCCCCAAUCAGCUCGUCUCUUUCUCCAUCUAGUACAUCUUCUCCAGUCACUUCGUCUCUUUCUCCAUCUAGUACUUCUCCAGCCAGUUCGUCUCUGUCUCCAUCUAGUACAUCCCAUUCUCCAGCCAGCUCAUCCCUGUAUCCAUCCAGCACAACCUCUACGACGACUACCUCAUCCCCGUCUACGCCCGUCCCGUCUUCAACCUGCCUUCCAACGAAGUGCCCUUGGAAGCUGUCCCUGAUGCUGCCGGACCCUGCUGACUGCCAGAGAUACAUCCGCUGCCAUCAGGGCCAAUCCUGGAACAUGGCGUGCGCCCCUGGAACAUGGUUCAGCUUCUCGCGCCAGGCCUGCGUCUACCUUUCGCAGUCGGAUUGUGUCCAAAACGAAUAAAUGUUAAUUUACUUAAAUCCAA